AUCCUACAUGUGAGUAGAGUUGUAUGGUACCAUCUGAGGAUGAUCCUGUCAUGAGCUAAUUCAGAAGUUUGGCACACAGGAAAUUUAACAUCUGACACAUAUUCAACACGAAUUAUUAUUCUGAUGGAGCUAGUCACAAACUCUAAAUUGACGAGUGACUAAUGAGGCUAUCAAAAUCAACCUACCGCUAGAUCCCAACCCCAUAUGCAUGAACAGACAAAUAUAAGACACGUGAAGCAAAAGAUAAGAGUGUGUAGAACACGGUGAAUGUCAGAUUCAAUGAGAAAGCUGUACUAAAUUCCUGUUUAGAGAGCCUCUUAAUACAAGAAUAUUGUAAUCUUUCAGGAAUAUGAUGUUGAAGAUUCUCUUUUGCCCCUUCAGCCAGCACUGGACUACACUGCUCCUGAACUUGUUCGAAGUAAAGCAUCUACAGUUGGAUCUGCCUCUGAUAUCUUCAGUUUUGCUUGUCUUGCCUACCACUUGGUUGCUCGAAAACCGUUGUUUAAUUGUCACAACAAUGUCAAAAUGUACAUGAAUACUUUGACAUACUUAUCCAGUGAGGCUUUCUCGUCAAUACCGCGGGACUUGGUUUCGGACUUGCAAAGGAUGCUUUCUUCUAACGAGGCUUUGAGGCCAACAGCAAUGGACUUUACAGGGUCACCUUUUUUUCGUGAUGACACUAGGUUGCGUGCACUUCGUUUCCUGGAUCACAUGCUUGAAAGGGAUAACAUGCAGAAGACUGAGUUUCUAAAAGCAUUAUCAGACAUGUGGAAAGAUUUUGAUCCGCGUGUCUUGCGGUAUAAGGUACUUCCACCACUUUGUUCUGAGCUUCGGAAUCUGGUCAUGCAGCCAAUGAUACUUCCCAUGGUUCUUACAAUAGCAGAGUCUCAGGACAAAAAUGAUUUUGAGCUGUCUACUCUUCCAGCUCUUGUUCCUGUCCUAAAUAGUGCUGCAGGUGAGACAUUGUUGCUACUUGUGAAGCAUGCCGAGCUUAUUAUCAAUAAGGCUAGUCAUGAGCACUUGAUUUCCCAUGUUCUACCGAUGCUUGUUCGAGCUUAUGAUGACACUGAUGCUCGUAUGCAAGAGGAAGUUCUGAAAAAGACUGUAUCGCUUGUUAAGCAGCUUGAUGUUCAGUUGGUGAAGCAAGCAAUCUUGCCCCGAGUUCAUGGUUUAGCAUUAAAGACAACUGUUGCUGCAGUAUGUGGGCUUCUACUCUUGAUGUUAAUGGUUAAAUUUGGGUUUUAGCCUGCUGAAGUUGCAUUAGCUUUUACUGUUAAUGAUAUUUGAACAUAUUGAAUUUGCGCCUAGAGAGAAAGGAUUGUCAUUAAAAUCCUUUCAUCGCUGUUUCCAUUUUGUUCUUUAAGUUGAGUAAACCUGUUGAGAGAUGACUGCUUAAGGCAAUUUUUGAAAUCAGAUGCUUUGACAAAAAA